AUGACUGCCUCGCCAGAGCCCUACCUCCUAGCCUCGACUCUCCUUACACCUGAAGAACUCCCCAGACUCGCCCUUAUCACUUACGAUCCCUCCACCCUUUCCUCCUCUUCCACCUCCGGCUCUACUAGUAAAUGUACAGCCCAUCCACCACCACCGCAUACACAACGAAUAUUCGUAAUAGUCUCCAACGUAUCCUUUGGCGUCGAACAAUCCUGCAUUCUCGUCAUCAAACCUCGUCGCAAAGAUCCCAACUCCGCAUCCCUUCUCACCGCUAUCCCCAUCCUAGCCGAUCUCAAAGUCGAAAUUGAACCACAACAAGGACUUACAGCCUCCGCUGCUACACCGCGCAACCAUCCACCAGCAGCCACAACGUUGGGUUUAUCGAGUUUGCCGCAAACCCUCCCGACGAUUCAUGCUCUACUAGAAAGUGUAGUGCCAGAUUUAUUCGGUGGCGGAGAGAAGGGGGAGACGAGUAAUGCAGCUUUGAAGCUCAAGUUGAGUCAUGGAGGGCAGGGGGCGGAAGGUGUGACUAGUGAUGCUAGGGGUUUGAAGGAUUUUUUGAGCGUAUUGAAGGAUCUUUUGAAAGUUGCACAGGAAAAUGCUUUUGAGGUGGGUAGUACGCAUUCUUGGAUGAAUGCUUAUACUGACGAUCUUUCGCAUCAUGCUCAAUCUCAGCACGAAAAGAGAAAGGGAGAGGGAGAGAAGGGAGGCUUGCAAUUGGAUCCGCCAAUAUUCUCUCGUCUCUCUUCCAGCUCUUUCUUCCCACACCACUCCUACCACCCUCCUGCGGCGGGAGGGAUAGAAAGACCAGCAUCACCAACCGCAAACGACCUGCGCAUCUCCAUAGGCACAUUCAACACAAAUGGUCAACUCCUAAACGACGACAUACCUUCCAUCAUAGGUCUUAAGAAAUGGCUUCGUGCUGAACAAGACCCUGACCUCAUCGUCGUUGGGUUUCAAGAAGUAGAUGCUUCUUCCGGUGCCUAUCUUUAUUACUCUCCCACGAGAGAAGAUGCUUGGGUACGGAGUAUCACCCAUGCUCUCGGACGUCGUGCCGAUGGAUAUCGUAAGAUGGCAUCGAAGCAAUUGGUGGGGUUACUCAUCAUUGUAUUCGCAAGGAGAGAGAUGGAGGGGGAACUGGAAGAAAUAGCAACAGCAAGUGUUGGGGUUGGGCUGGGUGGGUUUGUAGCGAACAAAGGUGCAGUGGCGGUGAGGAUGGUAGUGGGGGAAAGGAGUUUGUGUUUUGUAAACUCGCAUUUGAGCGCGUAUGAAGGAUUGCAGGCUAUGGAGAGAAGGUGUUGGGAUUGGAAUGAGAUCUAUAGGAGGUUGAGGUUCAGGAGGUUGGUGAGUAAGAUUGAUUUUUGGGAGUCCCCUGGGAUCAAACGGAAGGGGGAAGGGAUUGAGGGGGAUGAAAGUCCGUUCAAGACAAGUAAAGAUGCAGAAGUGGAAGCCUCUGUCAACGGUGACCACAAACGAGAACCAGAAGUGGUAGAAGAAGCAAUGUCAACCACUCUCCAAGGCACACCUCAAACCGAUGGUACAGAUGCCCCUACUAGCCCUCUAACCAUCACCACUCCCUCCACUUCCACCACUGGCGACGCUGAAGCAACAACGCAUAUCGAAUACCCCAUCAUGGCACACGACAUCAUUAUUAAUUUCGGCGAUCUCAACUUUCGUCUCGACCUGUCCCACUCCGAGGCACAUAGGCUCAUCCGCGAGAGAGAUUUUGCAACUCUCUAUCGAUACGACCAGUUGGAGUCGUUAAGAACUUCGGGGUCACUAUUCGACGAUUUUGAAGAGGGCAAGAUAGAUUUCGCACCAACGUACAAAUUCGAUAAAGGAACGGAUAGGUAUGAUACGAGCGAGAAACAGAGAGUUCCUGCUUGGACCGAUCGGAUUUUGUGGGCGGUGACGAAAGAGUGGGAUCUACCUGAGUUGGAAGGGAAAGAGAGGAAAGAUGAGGAGGGGGGGAGUGCAACACAAGACGGAGCCGGAGAUGGCCAAGAAAAGAGAAAGAAACAAGGAGUGAUACUGCAGAGUUAUGAGUCGAUAAGUGAUUUAAAGUUCAGCGAUCAUAGACCUGUACGUGCUACAUUCCUCGUUCGUAUACGCUAG